AUGCUGAAAUUUUUACUAUUUUCUUUAAUCGCAAUUUUGCUGAUUAAUAAAAUAUCGGCACAAUGUGAACGAAGUCCCACCGUUAAUUGUAUCAUUUACGAUGAUAUCCAAGUUAAAACUUUCGAUGGAAACGUUUAUGGAUUUCUAUCAAGCUGUAAUUAUCAACUACUUUUGAUUCCGGGAAAAGGUUUAAGUGUUACCUAUAAAAGGAAUCCGUCGAGUUUGGAAGUUGUUUGGGGUGGAAAAAUUUUUGUGAUCACUUUAUUAAAUAAUGUUGCUUCUUUAACGAAAGAUGGUAACUUCCAAGGGAUUCCAAGCACGACGAGUGGGGUUAAAUUUAGUAGACCAGGUCGGAUGGUUGUGGUUAAAAUCGUCGCUUUGGAUAUGAAAAUUAAAUAUGAUGGAGAUACGGUUGAGAUAAUUUUGAAGAAUUCGGCAACAACACCGAACACUUUGGGAUUAUGCGCUGAUAAUAACGGAUGUGUUAACGAUGAUUUAUUAUUACCAAACGGGCAACAAGCUGCUUCAGUUACAGCUUGGGCUGAUUCAUGGGCCACUACAACUUGUACUUCAUCCGAUUUCACAUUAACUUGUACUCAAAAUCAAUUAUCGGCAGCUCAAACUUUUUGUGACAACCUAUUUAUUAAUAACCCUCAAUUCGGAGAUUGCACGUUAAUUGCCGGCGCUUUCCUCGAUAUUUGCAUGUCAAGUUAUUGCUCUUGCGCUUUAUCAAACGCAGUCGAUUGCGAAUGUUCCAUGUUAGACAUGUUUGUAAGAACUUGCGAGGUUGGUUUUGACAUGUUGGUGAGUUGGAGAGGUGCUACAAUGUGUCCAAUCUCAUGUUCGGUCCCUGAUGAAAGUUAUAUGAGAUGCGCCCACAACAACAAACAAUUAGAUUGUUGGGAACCCGAAGUGACCGAUCCAAGCUUAUACGAUUGCGAAGAAGGGUGUUAUUGCUCAAACGGGUUAAGAUUAUACGAGGAUGAGUGUUUAACACUCUCCGAAUGUCCUUGCUUUUACGAUGGGACUUAUUAUGCGAGCGGGACGACGACCCAACAAGAAUGUAAUUCUUGUACUUGCUCAAAUGGGCAAUGGUCUUGUACUAAUAAUGAUUGCAUGGUUUGUGCUGAAUGCAUUGGGGACCCCCACUGCACCACAUUCGAUGGCAAAAAAUACGAUUUCCAAGGAAAAUGCUUGUAUUAUCUCGUUCGUGGGAACGGUUUUGAUAUCAUUUGCGACCACUACGUUUACACAGCUAGCGGUAUUUAC